GGCAGUAACGAAGGAAAGGCCAUCACAGAAUCGCGCAUUCCUUUGGCAUGCAGCGGGUAGUAACAGUGGAACCAAGACAGUUGUGAUUGACAAAUGGGGUGAAAGUUGAGUUUUGAUAAUUUUAUAAAUUUUAAAUUAACGGAGGUUUAUGUCUCUAGAAUUUGCUGUGCUGUAGUGUAACUGUGAUUCAGUGUAAUACAUGAAGAUUCAACUGAAAUAUAAUUGCGUUGGGUAGUUCCCUGUAUAUAAGUGAUUACAUAGCUCGUGUCACCAGUGUUCCAGCGAUUAUGUGACCCGGCUAAUCAAGUACAAUAAUAUUUCAUAACAUGUGCGUUUAUGCAUUCAUGCUGGUUAAUAGCUUUGAAUGUGCAUGUACGUGAGGUUAUCGUGGGAUCAGGAAAUAUCCAUUACAAUACCUAUGUGGAUAGCCCGGUAUACUAGAUAGAAAAGCAAGGACAUUUUGGGGGAAUCUUAUCAUCGCAUUUCUUCCCCUUUUUCCGGCUUUAAUAUGAUCUCGGAGCGUUCUGUGGCCAUGCACAACUUCGGAGGACUGCAGUAAAGUGCCCCAGGCCCGGUGUUCGAUUUACGGGUUCUGCCAGUGUCCGGCAGGUCAUGUGUUUUCCACCGACGUCACGCGCUGUCUGCCCGAGGUACUAUAUGGGGUAGCGUGUCAGGAGGCGGUCCAGUGCUCUCAUAUGCUUACCGGUGCAAAGUGUGAGGCCGGUUUAUGUACCUGUGAUACCGACUAUACAUACGUUCGCGGACGAUGCCGUCAGCUAGCGAACCUUCACGAGCCGUGCAAUAAUGAUAUCGACUGCUUCUUCAGCUAUAAUCGGGAAGCCGUUGUUUGCCGAGAAGGAUCGUGUGAAUGUGCGCAGGGAUUUUACGAACGAAGCACCAAUGUUUGCCGCCGCCAGGUUGACCUUGGCGAACCCUGUCUGGUGAAUCAGGAUUGUAACGGUGACAAUCUAGAGUGCCAGCAAGAUGUAUGCAAAGAGGUUGCACAAGGUAAAACAUUCAGAGACAUUGGGGUACAAGCGAGGCCGGAGGAGAAGACGAAAACGGAGGAAAGAACAGUGUACGAUAAGCAGCAGCAGACCAGUGUCAGCAAGCGGAGCAGUGAUAACGAACAUGAGCUUGAAAACGAGAUACGAAAGGAGAGCAGCUCCAGUGGUGCUACAGCGAAGAGAGUAAGACUGCAUUCGAGCUUAGAUUCCCCGACCAAGGAUGGAAGCACACCUGGAUUUGGUGAUUCUUGUACAGAAGAAACCCAGGAAUGUGCUGGUGUACCCUAUUCUGUUUGUAUGAUGGGACAAUGUCACUGUCGUGAGGGUUUCUAUAACGUCAAAGAAGCAUGCAAAGCUGAACUAGGAGAGUUCGUCAGAUCGGCCGCCGAUUGCGGGGAUGGUAUAUUCUCGCCCGAAAGUCGAUGCGUAUGUCGAAACAAUCAAUUUUAUAAUUACAAUAUGAGGACAUGUUUGAAAGGGGCGCUCGGUAUAAACACAUCUUGUACUGCUAGUAGCCAAUGUUCGCCUUAUGGGGCGGCCUACUGUCCUCAGGAAUCGCCUAAGAGAUGCACUUGUUAUCCGUACGCCGUGUACGAUGCCCAGCGACAGAUGUGUGUUCCUAGGAAGGGUUACGAGGAGUACUGCGUGAAAAAUGAACAUUGCACACUAGCGAACACACGAUGCAGCGAGGUUAACACAUGUGUUUGUCGACCCAACUAUAUGUAUAUCAAUGAAGCCUGCAUGGCUACCCAGGGAGGUACUUGCAGUAGCACGAAGGACUGUGGAUUCGAUAAGGCAGUAUGCGAGCCGGAAAAGGAUUCCAACGAGAAAGAGAAGAAGUGUGACUGUGUGAAGGGUCAUGUUUAUCACGAAAACGAGUGUCUUAAAGAAGCCGAGGAAUACGAGGACGAAUGCAACGUGAAUGAACAAUGCCAACCCCUACUUGGUAACCUAGCCAAAUGUAUGGAUGGGAAAUGCAAGUGCGAUGAGAGUUGUACGCACCUCAAGGACGGACAGUGCCAUAUGAAGAAAGCCUUAGACGAACGCUGCAGCCGAUCCAGUGAAUGUUUCGUCGAGGAUGGUGAGGACACAGUCGAAUGCCGUAACUCGGCUUGCCAGUGCAAGUUCGGCUAUACCGCCGACGUGGAACGUCAAGUUUGCGUAAAACCGCGUGGCAAAAGCUCUUCCGGUCGCCCAAGUGCUCUGAAGGUCAUCACCCUACUUUUAACAAGUGCGGCGGUUCUGAUUACCGGAUCAGCAUUACGGGAUGCCUACUACAUGUAGCUUGGCGACACUGUUAUUCACACGUAGAUGUACUCUUUCCUAUAGAAAGUUGAACGCACCAACAUGUAUCCUAUACGAUAUUUUCUACUCAAUGAUAUCGAUAACCAUGUGAAGUGGAUAGCAAUAUGAACAAUCUAAAUACAAGCAGUAGCUUGCUUACCGGAAGCAAUUAACUAGAGCAGAUAUUGUGGAACCAUAGCAUCAAUAAUUUAACACAAAUGAGAAUAGUUUUUAUUUUGUAAUAAAAUAAUUUACAAGGAAUCGAAUUCGAAUGGCUUGCCUAGGGGCUUUCACAGAUACGAAGCGAUGUAAUUAACGAAAGCGUUAGACACUAUGAUAUUUAUAAUAAGUAGAAAACGAUGGUGACAUUUCGGGGUCACUAUAAUGAUAGAAGCAAUCAUUUAAACCGCGCAACUCUAUUC